AUGUUUGCAAAUAACAAGAAAAGUUCAUUUUUUCUUAAACCUCGUUUCAAAAUGGAUGAACAAAGUCAAACCCUUAUACCUUUUGCUCAGUUGUUACUAGAUGUAACUCAACUUUAUCCCUUAAACGUAUUAUCAGCGGAUUUGAUAAGACAAAAUGCGGAUAGUGAUGAACCUGAUACAUACAAUCUACAAGUACAAGAUAUUAGUGCAUCAAUUACUUCAUCUUAUGAGUUUAGUUGCUCUUCGUGGGAUAUUGAAGCUCAGCAUCCAGAAUAUAUUACAUUAUCAAGUCGUUUAUCAACUUUCACAAACUGGACUAGUGAGAGUAUAUCCCCACCUGAAUUAGCAGAAGCUGGUUUUCUGUUCGCAGGGCAAACUGAUACUGUUGUUUGUUUUCACUGUGGCAUUCACAUACGUAAUUGGAUUCCAGAGGAUGAUGCUUGGAUAGCACAUGCCAUUUGUGCUCCUUGGUGCACUUAUUUGUAUCUUAAGUGUGGAAUUAGUUUUAUUAGAUCAUGUUUAAAAGUCCAACCAAUUAAAAGAUCUGAUACGCCUUUGCUAGAACCAUCAAACGCUAGAUAUGUUUGUAAAGUUUGUCUUGAAAAAGAAGUAGGAGUUUGCUUUUACCCCUGUGAGCACACUGUUACAUGUAUUGAUUGUGCACCAGGUAUCGCUUCAUGUCCUAUUUGUCGUGCGAAAAUAACAGGAGUAUUUAAACUGAAAUUCAUUGACUAA